CAUAAUCUCACUGACCCAGACAUAACACAAGCACAGUUCAACGACAACAAGAAGACAAUGAAGACCACUGCAGCUUUUGUUCUUCUUGCCUGCCUGAUGGCUGUAGGGGUGAAAGGACAGAACAGGUCUUCAAAGGGCAGGUGCUUCUGUGCAGACAAAGGUGCAAACAUGGUUUUAGUGAAGAACAUUGAGAAGGUUGAAAUCAUCCCUCCAAGUCCAUCUUGUCGCAAACAUGAGAUUAUUGUCACUCUGAAGAACGGAGCAGGAUGGAAAUGCAUGAAUCCAGAGUCAAAAUUCACUCAAAAUGUCAUCAUAAAGGCUCUUGAAAAGAGGAGCCAGAAGACACACAGUACAACUGCUUCUGUGCCACUGAAGAGCACCAUGACAUCAUCAUCAGCGCCAACAUCCUUCAAAUGACUUCAUAGACUUCAGAUGAAUUAAUAUUCUGCCUCAUAAGUUGGAGUUCAAUUUAGAAAAAGAAAAAAAAAAAAACUUUAAAACUAAAAAUAUUUCCUAUGUCUAAGCUGAUUAAAUUAUUUUUAUCUGACCACUGGGUUGUUUUCACAAAUGUGUCAUAUGUACAGUCUUUUUAUAAUUUGCUUUAUGAUUGUAUUUUCAUUGUCCACAAAGUUGUGUUAAAUAAAGCUUUUAUAUCCGUAAAA